ACUGAAGUCCCGGAGACUGGCUGCUCGCUGCCUUCCUCUCUCUGGUAAGAUGGCGGGCGUCGAGGUGCAACGAGAGAGCCCAGGGGUGGAGGUCCAGGAGGACGACGAGCGCCAUGUAAACGGGGAGCGCCAUGUAAACGGGGAGCUGGACGAGGACGAGCUGACAGCGGUUGGGGACAGUGCUGCGGGGAAGAAGAAGAGGAAGAAAAAGAAGAAGAGCAAAGCGGCACAAGAACCCGAGAAAGGAGGAGAAGCAGAAGCAGCCCAGAUUAUAGAUGAUGUGACAAAACAAUUGGAGAAACAAGCACUUGAAAAUAAAGAUGAUGAGGAGGAAGAUGGUGAUGGUAAAGGAGAUGGAGCAGCAGGAAAGAAGAAGAAAAAGAAGAAGAAGAAAGGGGCCAAAUCUCAAACAGAUCCACCUUCUAUUCCUAUUUGUGAGCUGUUUUCAAGUGGUGCUUUCCCAAAAGGACAGGAGUGUGAAUAUCCAGCAACCCAAGAUGGACGGUCUGCCGCUUGGAGGACAACCAGUGAAGAGAAGAAAGCUCUGGACCAGGCCAGUGAGGAAAUAUGGCUUGAUUUUAGACAAGCUGCUGAAGCUCAUAGACAAGUGAGGAAGUAUGUUAUGAGCUGGAUAAAGCCAGGAAUGACCAUGAUUGAAAUCUGUGAAAAACUGGAGGACUGCUCUCGCAAGCUUAUUAAGGAAAAUGGACUGUAUGCUGGGCUUGCUUUUCCUACAGGCUGUUCCUUGAAUAACUGUGCAGCUCACUACACUCCCAAUGCUGGGGAUCCCACAGUGUUGCAGUAUGAUGAUGUUUGCAAAAUUGAUUUUGGAACACAUAUCAAUGGCCGUAUAAUUGACUGUGCUUUCACAGUCACAUUCAAUUCAAAGUAUGACAAGUUGCUGGAAGCUGUUAAAGAUGCUACAAACACUGGAAUACGGUGUUCCGGUAUUGAUGUUCGCCUUUGCGAUGUUGGUGAAGCAAUACAGGAAGUUAUGGAAUCGUAUGAGGUUGAACUUGAUGGCAAAACAUAUCAAGUGAAACCGAUUCGAAAUCUGAAUGGUCAUUCUAUUGGCCCUUAUAGAAUACAUGGUGGAAAAACUGUGCCCAUUGUGAAAGGUGGUGAAGCAACACGAAUGGAGGAGGGUGAAGUAUAUGCAAUAGAGACUUUCGGUAGCACCGGGAAAGGAGUGGUUCAUGAUGACAUGGAAUGUUCUCACUACAUGAAAAACUUUGAUGUUGGGCAUGUGCCAAUUAGACUUCCAAGAGCUAAACACUUGUUAAAUGUCAUCAAUGAAAACUUCGGCACUCUUGCUUUUUGUCGCCGAUGGCUGGAUCGACUUGGGGAGAGCAAAUACCUGAUGGCACUAAAGAACCUGUGUGAUUUGGGUAUCGUGGACCCCUACCCACCCCUCUGUGAUAUCAAAGGCUCCUAUACAGCACAAUUUGAACAUACCAUUCUAUUGCGCCCUACCUGCAAGGAAGUUGUGAGCCGAGGAGAUGACUAUUAAAGCUGAUGUUGAAUUUGGUGCUGCCUUUUUCUAAAUGCUUCUUCUGUGGAAGCAUAUUGUAAGAGUUGUUUGGAGAAGUGAUUUCCUAAUGUCCGCACCUCAAAUUGGAAUAAAUGUGGAUUAAAGACAUAGCUUUACUAACAUUGGGCAAGGCUAACUUUCAGAGCGUUUAAAAACCCGAGUCUUUCUUCAGCUCAUUGGUUCAGGGGAAUGUUAAUUAUGCUAAAUUUUAUGUUUAAAAUAUUUUGCAUUUGAGAUGCUUUUGAAAUAUUUAUAUUCAGAUAUAUUGGCACACGUUUCGCAGAUACUAGCAUUGCAUUUUAACUCCCUGGAAGCUUUUCUUUUUUGUUUUUUAUCAAAAAAAUAAAUAAUUUCAAUUUUCGAAUCAGAAA